CUCUUUGCGCGGGUGCUGCGUUUUGUUGUUCCGUUCUUCUGGCCCCAGGGCUGUGCCGUGCCAUGGAAGGCUGGCGGGUGUCCUGGCAACAGAGCCUAGCCAGCCCUUUUCCUGCUGUCCCUGAAGCAGGGAGUAGGGGAUGUAGCAGCUGCUGCUAGGUGUGGGUGGGGGACAGGCUGCACAUAGCCCUGCACCCUCCCCACUGCUGCAGCCACCCCAGCCCUCUCCUCCUCUGCCUCCCCCUUUCACCAGCCUGUGGAUAAACAAAAGGAGGAUACUAUCUCCACCCUGCUCCUUGCCUGUAUCUCACAGCUCUCCAUGCGGAGGGAGCAUAUUUAGGGUGUUAGGGCAGGAGAGGUAGACACACACACACAGACUGCAAGAGGAAUGAUGCUUGAAUCCAUCCGUGUCACUGAAAAACUUCACUGGCCUGAGCAAGAGCUCUCUAAAAAGUCAGUCUUAAAUCCAGAAGAACAUAAGCUGACCAUUCAGAAUGAAAGCAGUCUUCAGCAUCUGUCCUCUGGAAUCCUAAAGGAUAUUUUCACAACAGGAACCAGUAGCUACAAUGUCCUUCUGCAAAGCAAAGAGGAGAAAAAACACCACUCUCAAAAGCUGUCAUCUGCCUACCACAAGAGGCACAGAAAGUCCACCAAGUCUUCUACUACCUCGCGAAACAACGAGCACCGCAAGAUCAAAGUCCCACUGCCUUUGCUCAGCAGUGGCUGGUAUUGCACGAACAGGCAGCCAUCCAUCUUUAUCGCUAGCCCAGUAUCUAGCAGUGUAAAGUUUACACACAGUAUUUCUGUUGCAGGGAACAGCAUAGGACUGCCACCUCGACCCAAAAGCAAGGCUAAGAGACAUUAUUUUUCUAGUCUAACAAAGCCAAAGCAGCCUCAAUUGUCAAAAAGCCAUGGUAAAGAGGUAGAUGUCUCUGGCCGAAAACUCUGUAUACUAACUGCCAUCAAGCCUUCCAAUGUGGAAAAAGAGAAGAUUAAAUUCUUCAAGUCUGAUUUUACCUAUAAUCCUCAAUUUGAAUAUGCAAAUCCUGCAUUGCCAAAUGUGUUAGCUAAGCACAGCCAAGCAUCCAACAAGUUUCUUAAACAGUCUGUCAAUAUUAUGGAACGGACAUUGCAGAAAUAUGGAAGCUAUGAAAAGUUUGAGCAGGCUACUGGAGGCAGCCUGCUACCAAAAAGUCGCAUUUGGAAUCAUGUCAGGAAAUACAUGGUGAAAGAAGGCUGCCUUGGUGAGAUUGUAGUUCAUCUCACUGAGGACCUGCUUUCUCGUGCCUCAAUGACAGUGGUGAAUGGCCGCCCAACUCUGACUAUCAAUGUUUCCACUGCACGUGAGCACUGGCUAGAAGGGAUGCUGAGGCACGAAAUAGGAACUCAUUAUUUUCGAGGUAUUAACAACAACAGCCAGCCUUGGUGCAAUUGGAAUGGACGCAAAAAGCUUGGGUUAAAGCCAAUCAACCCUACCGAGGAAGGCCUGGCGAGUAUUCACAGUGUCCUGUUCCGAAAAGACCCCUUUCUAUGGAGGGCUGCCCUUCUCUACUACACUGUCUAUCAAGCUAGCCAAAUGUCCUUCAGUCAACUCUUCCAGGAUGUGGGGAGAUUUGUCAAGGACCCCAACACUAGGUGGGAUUACUGUGUACGAGCCAAGAGGGGGUGGACUGAUACUUCCCAGCCAGGCUGCUUCAGUAAGGAUCAGGUAUACUUGGAUGGCAUCCUCCAAAUCCUAAGAUACAGGGAGUCUAUCGAUUUCCACUUGCUGAUGGCUCUUGGAAAGGUCUCUUACGAGGAUGUGGAUCGCUUGAAGGAAUUUGCGGUGAUCGAGAACACGAGAGUACCACACUUCUUGCAGGACCAUGUCAGAUACAUGGAACACUUGGAAAAGAUCAUGGAGGUGAAUGAGCUGACUGACCAAGAGCUCCAGGAUCUCAUAGUGUAACAGUCAGUCAGUCCCUUUUACCGGAAAUCUGUUCUGUAUGCAGCCGGUUAUACAGAACUGGACUUCACCACAGCUUGCAAAACUAGAAUGUUUUGUUUUCUGGCAAAAAUCUAGACUAUUUAGAUUUGUUAAUUUUUAAAAAAAAAAAGAAAAAAUACAAACCUCAGACUAUCGAUUCAGAAAUGUUUCUUUGAAAAAGGGUUCUUUGAGAUUCUUUCCUCACUCCCAUCAUAUAUAUUGGAGGGUUUUUUUUAAAGGUUUGUGCCUCUUCCAAAUUAAAUUAUGGAUUGAACAUAGGCUCAUCAUUUAGAAUUUCCCUUGUAAUUGGUCAGUCCCAUUGUCCCUUAAAUGUUCUGUACACCGAGCAGGAUCGUUUGAAAUGUCUUGCUUUUAUGAUAUACUGCUUUUUAUUCUAUUUAUUCUGUGUUUUGUAAUUUUCCCCCUUGGCUCACUCGCAUUGGCCUCAUUUCUGGUCACGGCCUUCACAACAACCCCCCCACAGCAGCAAAAUUGUGGAACUACUACUGACUAUGCCACCAUCUUCUUAACUCUACCCCAUUGUAUACUGCUUCCCUCCUUGUAAGAUCACAAUGCGCAGACACGCUCCCUUGCACAACAGUAUUGUAGUUUGGACAUGCGAGAAAGAGGUGAUUUCCACACCUCAUGUUUCAAAUAGCAGCAGUUAGGGUUACUGUGUAAAUGGCUGUAAACAGACUAGAAAGUUGCCCUCCUCCUCCCAAGAGGAGUGCUGUUGCAGCAUUGAAUAUAUGCCUUUCACUGAAGUGACUGUCCUCCUCUGGCUUGUACAGUACAGGUUUCAAGAGGAUGAGCUGCAGGAAAGGGCCUUUUUUUGCCCUUGAAGACCCGUUUAGCAAAUGGAACGUGUUAGUGGUUUGGAAGAAGGACUGGGCUGAACUGAGUUUUCAGAUUAAAGUACAUAAUGAAUCCAGAUACGGGGCCAUAUUUCAUUUCAAAAAGCAAAAGCACCCCUUCGCUCUAGCGCCUGAACCCUGUGUGGGUUUGGUUACUUGGAGUGGUUUCGGUCCCACUUUUUGCUGCCAGGAGCUCUGCCCUCAUGGCGCUCAUUGCCGGAUUGGGAACUUUAAUUGGCAGGGGACAAAAUUCACAAGUGCCCUAUUCCAAUAUUCAAAGCAACUGAAGAGUUCUGGCACAUCUGAAGCAUCCUGAGCUCUGUUUUAAAUGUGGGUGCAAAACAAGUAGCGAAAGCACAUAAUUGUAGGGCCAUCUAUUCAAACUAAUAACUUAGGCAAGGCAAGAGGGUUGUUCACUACAGAGACCAAAUUUUCUGAGUCCAGAGUAUUAGGAAAGCGCUAAUAGUGGCUCCCUAGCACAUGCUGAAUCAAGCUUUGCACCUAAAGAGUCCCAGACUCACAACUCCUUCCCUUGCGCCUAUGGGGAGUGGGGACAGGAGCUCUGUACUGCAGCUGUGAAAACGAUUCAGCUUGCUUCCCCACCCUCCCAUCGGCUCAGCUGGUCAGUAUGUUGUCGGAUGGGGGAAGAGAAUUGGAGCCAAAGUUCCACUCGCCUGCUUUGCAGAGGGAAUACUGGCCACAAUCUUCCCCUCCUCACGUACAGCAGGAGCUGCCUGCAAUAUGGGGGUAGGGAGGUCUGACUCCCCGGUAUGGCUGCAUCUGGCUGAAUGACAAUCCAGCCCCUGGCAUCGAGUUGUGUGGAACUUAGUGGCUUUUGAUUAAGGAAUGGAAUAACUCCCAAAGCCUCUGACUUUACACCAAGUACAAUAGUGUCCAUUCCAGAUGGAAAGUUUAAACAACACAUUUUGUGACCAGUGAGAGGAAAAGAAAUCUCACCUAGCCUAGAGGUUCUGAAGUUUUUGAAUAACCCAUCAAACCAGCUGCCUUUAAAGUACUAUCACAUGUGUGUGCUGUGGUGGCUGCCUGCUUGAAAAAAAAAGAAAAGAAAAAGAAAAACAUUUGAGCUGCUCCAGGAAUUCAAUGAGCAAAUUUGCUAAUCUGUUUUACAAAACAUGGACCAAGAACACCUCACAGUAGCCUUAAUUUUGUAUUGUUUAACAGCUUCAAACUCUUUUAAUCUCUGCAUUCUAGUGGGUGAAUCUUCCCCUCUGGCCCCAAAAUAUCAGUCUUAGCCUUGCCUGCCUAGCUGUGUUUCAAAGCCCUUCAGGCGAACUGGGGAGCUGCUGUACGAUUGCAUCAACCUGCUGGAAAUAUUUGCACGGCCGUACCCAGUAAUGCACCCAGACAUUCAGAAUGCGUCAGCUCAGCUAUUUUGCUGCGAGCAGCAGAAGUGCAGAUCAGACUUUUCACAUGCCAAAGGUUGAAUGUGAAGACUCCAGGUAAAAUCCAUCCUUGGGGGUAAAUGGAUUGAGGCCUGUGGAAUUACACCAGGGAUGAAUUUGGCCCACUGUGUUGAAGCAGAGGUACAUAUGUCCCAUUCUUUGUGAAAGGGCCAUAAGUUAGAGGUGAACUUUUCUUAAGUGAAAUAACUCCUGCAUUUCUCCAAUCGCUUCUGUAGUAAAUACAAACAUAUGCUUAAGCAACCCAAUAUAGUCAUGAGAAUAGUCUUGAAUAUUAUAUUUACAAUAAUGGAGUCACUGAAAACAUUACGUUUAUGUGUAAUUAUUGUUACAGAAUAUGAUAGUUACCGCCCCUUAACUGCCUGCUGAUACUCCAUUACUGCUCUGUGGGUUUGCUGAUGUAAACUCCAGGGGCUUAUUUUUCUUCUUUAAAAGACCUGGGGUUUAUUUUCCCCACAGAAGUUGCUCCCAUUCCACUUCUACCAUUCUCCAUUAUGCGAAUAGGUGUACUCCAGGACAAGCUUAGAUUCUGGAAGCGUCAGCAUGGAUGUGUCAGCAUAACAAUAGUACUGUAGCAGGCACAAAUGUCAACCUCUAUUUCUCAGCUUGUCCUGCCUCCUUUGUAACAGUGUUUCAGAUUUGUAAUGGUAGUUUUGUAAACUUUUUGAAAUUUUUAUUGUGAUGGACCUUGUUAUUGUCAUAGUAUUGAAGUUCUGUAAUAAAGUAUGUGGAUGAUAACUGCAUAGAAACUCA